AUGUGUGGCGUUCGAAAAUAUCCGGACGCCAGACCGCAAAUAAGUCACCCCUCCAUCCCGCCACAAGGGACGGCCAACCUAACCAUUGUCUAUGGCCUCUUCUCUCUUUCCUGGUCGGGACUUGUCACUGAAUCACUUGGUGAACGGAACGCCCAUCACUCAAAACUUCCGUCCGAACGGUGUGACUAUCGCGGUGCUCGGUUGAAGAAGCCCCCACAGGCAAUCGUUGUACGAAUGCUUGAACCACCCAAGCCCUCUAUAGAUUCAGCCAAAUCCUUGGUCAGUAAAACUGGGGAAUCAAUUCGCCUUCCUUGUCGAGGUUUGCUCGCAGCUGUGAAUUGGCGGGACCGCCGCGAGCGAAACGACGUGGACCACCACUGCCACGACCUCCACGAGGAGCGGCAUAAGCGCCACGACCGCGAAUCGUCACCGAACGACCGCGACCUCUACCGAACUGCCCACCGCGGCCACCGGCGAAAGAGGUUGCCACUGGAUGAGAUACAUUUCUGCGAUUUGUCGGUUGGUAUUGAAAAGGAUUUCCGGGUUGUUUCUUGGGAAGAGUUGAGGACCUUGCUUCCAGAAGCCCCGUCCGAUGGAAGAGUGGAGUCCGGCCUUCUUUCUGACGGCCGAGCUUUUGCGCAAAAAACGGCAAGAAAAGACAAUUAUUUCUUGUUUCCUUCGAAAUCAGCAUACAUCCUCUACUUUACGCAUUAUUAUUUUUCACGUGAAAACCUCGAUCGCGAUCAAACAAUACGAAAAUUGAUGACAGAUAACGCUGCAGUACCAAUUGAGAAAAUAAUUGAGGCUCCUCGUUUGGCAUCAAUUGGAACAACUGUUGAUGACAUGAAGAAAGCUAUUGAAACCUGCAGCAAUUUACUCUGCUUAGUUAAUUCCUCUGAUGGACGGUGUUUUGUGAGGCGUAUCGACGGAUACCCAGGAAAUGCACCAUCUCCAUCUAACACUGGCGGUUUGCCUUUGGAUGCCAAAACGCGGGCCUCCUUUGAUGGCUCUUUGAGUAGUCUUGGGUUCUCUGAUCAUGCUUCACCAGCAGCUUCAGUUGACCCAACGUUGAAGGAUGAGGUCUCUACGACAAUUCCUGGAGUUGUUGCCACGACAGUUUACAACUUGCAGUAUGCGAACCCGGUGGAUACGGGCCUGUAUCAGCAGCCACCCGCCUUCAUCCGCCCUACUGCGCGGCCACCUUCGGCUGCAACCAUUAGCUCGACAAUGGCUGCUGCGAUGGCCGCUAUGACUCUCGGUCAGCCGCCACCGCACCCACCCCCUACUACGCCGCAUCUAUUUAGUCAUCUCCAACCUCAAAAUCAACUUGCUGCCACCUUCGCUGUCUUAAGUCAUCGGGGCACAGCACUAGCGCUUGCGAGUCACCUAAACCAGCAGUACAAUACUGUUCAAAGUCGCGGGGCCACAGCUCCGCCUUCUCAAACCCAACAACAAAUGUACCACCACCGGAGAACUACCCCUCCACCUCCGCCUCAAGCCGCUGCUGCAGCCGCCAACUUUUACCAAUUUCCUCCGCCCCAGUUCUACGCCUUCCAUCAUCCACACGAAAACAAUCCACCACCCCAAUUCGCCGCUGCUGCUGCCUAUCAACCUCAACAUUACGAUCAGUGGAGUGCAGACGCCGCAAAUGCCGCUCUUGCUGCGACAGGGAUUCAGCUACAAUACGCACCACCACAACCGCACAUGAUGGUUUGGUCACACACCCAACCGCAGAUAAAAACUUUGUCUCAGCCUCCUCAGGCCCCGCUUGCUCCACAGUCAACUGUACAAUCUGCCGCCACAUCAACCACUGUGGAUGGUGCCGUUAGUGGUGGAAGCAGUGGCGGUGGUGUUCAUCCGUGUGCAAAGGACGACCCUUCGAUUGUGGCUGUGACGGAUGCCAAUGUGGAUGCUAUUCCCAAGAAGACAGCAGUGUCACCGCCGCAACCCCACUCACGGCCUAACAGUGGUGCAAGUGCAAAAGGUAAAUUCAAGUCUUCUAAGGGCGGCGGCGGACACCACCAGAGGCCGCUGCACGUUAAUCGCAGUCCGCCAGCCGCCUCAAGCGCAAAAGAGUCCACACCUGUAGGCAUCAAUGUCUCCACAGAGGAAUAA